AUGAGGUACAGGACAAGCACUGGUGUAAAAAAAUCAUUGAGAGCUAAGGCACUCUGCAAACUCGCCAACUGUGCCCAAGAUGAUGCUAAGCAGGAAGAUCUUUUUUCAUCGGAAUCAGGAGAAGGUUCAAUGGACCCUCUGGAGUUUCUUUCCCAAUCUCUUCCGCUUUCAUAUUCAUCAGAUGUCUCAAAACUUUACACUAUUCCGUUUACCAUCAGUGAAUGGGAAGUAUUGAUGUCGUUGGGCCAGUCAUCUCCCUCCUCAUUGGAACGAGCCAAGCGCCUACUAAAGAAUGUUAUCUCACCCUACUUUUUAGAGUCCCCUAGACAAAGAGUUUCAGACCUUCUGGAGUACAAAUUUAAAGCGGAAAAUCUGAAGCAUCCCAAUGAGGUGCUUACCUUUCAACUGACGCGAUUUUUGAUUGACACUUGUUCACUUUAUCCAGACAUGGUAAAGGAAUGCUUUUCACUGAUUGAACAACAUUUGACCUUAACUGUGAAACUUUUGAAUGAAAAAUCCUCAAGUGUAUUCUCUCUUAUUGGAUUUCUCAGUGCCUUUACUUUCGAAAAUGAUGCUACUCGUUUGACCAUUGCUGUUUGGAAAACAGUGUCAGCACUGUUCCAAAAGGGAGAAUUUCAUUUGCAAACUAGCUCCCACUACUCCAAUGAAACGGCUGUUCGGUACCACGCAGCGCACAGAGAGGUAUCUGACUCGCUUAUUCUGAAUUUGAUGGCACAAUUCCAUGUCUCGCUAGCAUGUCGUGUCCUCGAGGCACCUAAAAAUAAGUCAGAGUUAAGUGAGUAUCUCUUAAACAUGCAGUUUCGUUCAUAUCAAGUGCAACAAAAUGAAAUAACCUCUUCUGAUGAUAAAGCGAUCAUAGAAAACUUUUUUUGUACGUUGAACGAAAAUAUAGCACUUCUUCUGAGUAUGUGCGACUUUGCAUUUAAAUAUUGUGAGGAUGUUACCACAUUAGAUCUAUCUAAUGAUAUCCGUGCUAAAUUCUCGUUCGAGACAAGAGGUUACUUCAUAGAAUUUUUGAUGUUGAUUCCAUUUUAUGAAACAAUCGGCACAGAAAAAGGUGCAAAAUUCACGUCUUUGGUGUGUGAUUCGAUCGAUAAAUUUUUGCUUUCAGAGCUUGUAAGCCCCAAUUUGAUUCAGGCAGUUAUCUGCUCAGCAUCUUUGUUGAACUAUUUCACUGAAAAAGCUUCUUUGACCCUCCUUAGGAUGUUCCCCUUACUGGUUUCGUCGCCCCAUAUCACUACAUCGGAGGUUGCGAAAUUCACUCAACUGUUUACGCUGGGACUAAAACCACUCAAUGAAGACGCUGUAGUUACCACCGUCUAUUCUCUAAAUAAUUUGCUUACGGUGACUGAUAAUGACACUGAAUUAAAGGCAAUUAGAGAAAGGAAAAUGACCUUAACGUCGGCGUCAGAUCAUGACCGGAUGACAGAUCUAACUAGAGGGAGAGCGCGCACAACUGAUACUUUGGAGGUGAUUGACAAAACGAAUGCAGCCUUGUCUGGUUCUGUAGCUCAUGAUGUCAAUGACUUCAGCUCUACAGCUUAUCACAGUAUGCUUUUCAAGAAUUGUGUCAUCGCAGCCAUCACCAUUGCAUCCUAUUAUGAUGACCAAAGUAUUACAGCUUUGGCAAUCUCAAUAUUAACUCAGAAGGUAAGUGUAGUAUCGAAAGAACUUGAUUCUAUCAUUGUUGAAUCAUUAGCGAAUUUAGUGGUCGAGACAACUGUAACUGAACUGGCACUAAUGAUAAAAUUUUACAAAGUUUCUUAUGCUCAGGCUAUGAAAAAAGGAAACCAGGCUCUUUUAAAGAGCAUUCAAAAGGCUCGCACAAUGAUAUCGAAAGAGCUUUAUUUGAAAUGUUUUCGGACUGACCUAUAUUACUUAGUGCUGAAUGACUUCCUGGAAUCCAUCACAUCUUGUGGGGAGCUAGAGAAAUCUGAUCACUCCAAACAACAUACAGAACUUUCUCACUUUGCUGAGGAAAUCGUCACUUAUUUGGACCCGUUAGCGGCUCUUUUACCCCCUCCUGGCAAUAUGCCGCUAAAUCUUGGGAACGAUGAGGCGAUAACCAAAGGCUUCAGGAAUAUAUGGUUCAAUAUGGUGAUUCAUGGGUUUCAUUACGACUCUGAUCUUGUGAAGGAACACUAUGUAUCGCUGUUGACCAUAGCUUUCAAUACGCCCCCAUUAGCUUCAGACUUCCCGGCUUCAAAUAGGGAGGUCUCCUUAGAUAUGAAUGCAGUUUUACGAAGGAGUUCUUCGAAUUCAAAUCACAAACGACAAAAACAGGCAAUUUCUAAGUAUUUGUCGAGCAACCACGUUCAAGCAAGAACCUUGUCAACACCAAAGAUAAUGUUUUUAGCUUCUACUGCUCUUCUAGAGACAAUGAGAUGUGAAGCUGGUGAUUGCUCGAAGAUUUUAAGGUACUAUUGUGAUCCUUCCACUGUUUCAAGUGGUAUAGAGAAGUAUAUUGAUGCUAUAUCAAAUUCCUUGAUUCGCAAGUAUACCUUUCUAGUUCAAUCCAAUAAUCCAACCUUAUUUGGAUCACAAGCUAUUGCAGAACAGUUGAAUGAUUUGAUUUUAUGUUUGUCGCAUAGAAAUGCCCUUCUCCAAAAUGCUGCCUUCCAGUGCUGUGACAUUUUCAUUCGUAGUUUGCCAUCUGCGUUAUGCCAUCAUAAAUCUUUAUUCACUCUAUUGGAUUUGAUGACAACACUUUUUGAUAGUGUUCUUGAUUGCGAAACCAAUAAAUUUGAGCCUCAUUACGAGUUUGUAUUGAAGCACUCCGGUAUCAAAAUAUUGCUACCUGAUGCAGCAAUAUGGAGAAAGUCAACUUUGGAAAGGUUACAAGGUUCUGCCAGAGAGUGGGUGAAGAUUAUACUCAACAAAGCUAAUGAUGACACAAAGAUUCUGUUGCAAUCAUACAUUGCAGACUUGACUCAAUUCAGUCGUAUAGAUAAUGUGGAGUAUGGUGUGUCCUUUGCAAUGGAUAUGGCAGGGUCGAUAUUGGGACCUGAUAGAGAGCUUUCUAAAUUGACUUGCGUGGGUAAAGAGAAACCCAAUACAAUAUCUAGAUUUAUAUCACAACACUCAUGGAGGUCCAAGAAUCUGGUAGACACCGCCGUUAUUUCCUCCCCCCGAGACAUCGCGACUCAAAUCCAAUCACAUAUUGAAAAUAUUAGAAAGGCCUUAGAAGCAGGUAGCACAAUAUCCUUCACUGAUAUGACGGUGUUUUUCGAUCUUUCAACAGCUUCUUUGCUUUUGGAUAAAUGUCCUGCGGCAUCACUGGUAUUUGAUUUAGUCCAUAUUCCCUUUGCAAUAUUUACAUCAUCAGCUCUGAAGAUCGCCAGCAAUGUUUGGUUAACAAUUAUAAAAGAACGACAAGAUCUCGCUCAUAUUCUGCUAGCUGAAAUUGGAUAUUGUUGGAUGCAGUCCAUUGAUAACCGAGUUGGUCUUUUCUCUCGUAAGCAUGAUCUUAAAAGAGAAGAGAAUCAAAAAAUGGAAUAUGCACCGUACGACAAGAAAGCUAUUAAUCGGGAUGCUCUGAUUGUUUCUCAGUCUUUUCAACCACACAGGCACGUCAUUAGGUUCUUCACUUCUCAUUUUGAAGGCACGUCUUACCAAAGUGAAUCGUUGUUGAAAUUAUUCACCCAAUGGGUUCUGCAUGGUUUGAAUCAUUUGAACCAGGCUUCUUUUCAUCCUUAUGCUCGUAUGGCACGUCAUGAUCUGCUGAACUUCGCUCUAUCGGUUCUAGAUGUCCAUAGAAAGCAAAAUUCAAAAUUCAUCAGGGCUCUAUGUCGUGCUAUCGUAUCGGGCGGGCUCACUUGGUUUAAGAAGUCCAUGUCUUGGCCAUUCGGUUCCAACCAAUUGAAAAUAAAAGCUGAUUUAACUAAUACAGCUCACUUGUAUUCUUCUUUGGGCAAAUUCUCUGAUUUAAUGAGUAGUCAUUGUGGUAACAGAUUUAGGCUAUUGCAAUAUUUUCUCCUGAGCGAAAUUAACUGUAUCGAAACGUGGUUAUCUCCAUUGAGCAAGAUUGAAAAUGAUUUAGGACGGGAACCCAAUACAGACCUACUACAAUCUGCUUUCGAUGUUGAUCCAAAAUUGGCAGUAACAUUCUUCGAAAGAUACCGGUUCAGGAAAUUUGAAGAUGCACUUGCCACGUUGAUUGUCACUAACCCCUCACAUUUUGUUGGCGUACCAGAGGCGCUAGAUUUUUACUUGCUAAGCGGAGAAACCUCAAGACGCAAAAGCUCGAUGCACCACAUCGUGUAUUGGUGCCCGGUUGAUCCUUUGAAGUCAAUCAAUCUAUUUCUGCCACCAUGGAAUACAAAUACUUUCCUUUUACAGUACUGCGUUUUCUCGCUAGAGUGGCAUGAUGUUAAUGUAACUUUCUUUUAUGUUCCUCAGAUCACGCAAUGUUUAAGGUACGAUAGCACUGGUUAUGUGGAAAGGUUAAUUUUGGACACAGCAAAAACAAACGAGCUCUUUGCCCAUCAAAUUAUCUGGAAUAUGCUUGCAAACAGCUAUAAAGACGAUGAGGGAAUUGUCGAAGAUGAGCUAAAACCCAAGCUGGAUCAUGUACGCAACAAGCUGGUUGCAACAUUCAGCGGCUCAAAAUAUGACUUCUACGAAAAAGAGUUUGGAUUUUUCGAUGAGGUAACGAGUAUAUCAGGAAAAUUAAAGCCGUAUAUCAAGAAGAGCAAAGCUGAAAAGAAACAAAAGAUAGAUGAGGAGAUGAAAAAGAUCAAAAUCCGUCCGAACGUUUAUUUACCAUCAAAUCCGGAUGGUGUGGUUAUCGAUAUCAAUCGUAAGAGCGGUAAACCGCUCCAAUCACAUGCAAAGGCUCCAUUUAUGGCAACUUUCAAAAUAAAAAAGACCGUUACUGAUAGUGAAAGUGGAGAAAAAGUUGAAAUUGAAAAGUGGCAAGCAGCGAUUUUUAAAGUCGGGGACGACUGUAGACAAGAUGUGCUGGCCUUACAGCUGAUUUCAAUUUUCAGAACAGUCUGGGCGAAUAUCGGUCUCAAUAUCUACGUGUUCCCAUACAGAGUGACAGCAACUGCGCCAGGGUGCGGUGUCAUUGACGUAUUGCCGAACUCGAUAUCUCGAGACAUGCUGGGGCGUGAAGCGGUCAACGGACUGUACGAGUAUUUCGUCACAAAAUUCGGAGACGAGAGCACGAUCGAAUUCCAAAAUGCGCGGAACAAUUUUGUCAAAUCGUUGGCUGGCUAUAGUGUCAUUUCGUACCUUUUACAAUUCAAAGACAGACACAAUGGUAACAUAAUGUACGAUGAGCAAGGCCAUUGUCUGCACAUCGAUUUCGGCUUCAUCUUCGAUAUAGUUCCUGGUGGUGUCAAGUUCGAAGCCGUGCCAUUCAAGCUGACCAAAGAAAUGGUCAGGAUCAUGGGCGGAUCGCAAGACACGCAAGCAUACCACGACUUCGAGGAGCUAUGCAUUCAAGCCUACCUAUCCGCAAGACCGCACAUGGACGCAAUCAUUGAGUGUGUCAAAGCAAUGCUAGACAGUGGGUUGCCGUGCUUCAAAGGUUUGAAGACCAUAAAGCAUCUGCAAAACAGGUUUCAGCAGAACCGGUCAGAUCACGAGGCCGCACUGUUUAUGAAGGGUCUGAUCAAGAAAAGUUACGAAAGUCUGUUCACCAAGGGCUACGACGAGUUCCAGAGACUGACAAACGGUAUACCGUACUGA